GGGUUGCGCUUCCGACCCCGCGCCUCCGGUUCCGCCGCCGCCAUGACGGGCCGCGGGUCGCCCAGCCGCUUCCUGGCCUCCGUCCUGCACAACGGCGUGGGUCGCUACGUGCGGCAGCUCCAGCGCCUGCAGCUCCUCUUCAGCCCCACUGCGGCCGACUCCCGCGGCGCCAGGCAGUUCGUAGAGGAGGCGGCGGUGGACUUUGCCCGGCGGCACCCCGACGUCGUCCUCUACGUGAGCCCCCGCUCCGGGCUGGCCCCGGUGCUGCUGGCCGAGUACUUGAACGGGACGGUGCGGGAGGAGCUCAUCGCCAGCAAGACGAGCGAGGAGAUCAUCCAGCUGGCCACCAAGCUGGCCGGCCAGUCGGGCUUGGACAUCAUCCGCAUCCGCAAGCCCUUCCACACCGACAACCCCAGCGUGCAGGGCCAGUGGCACCCCUUCACCAACAAGCCCUCUGCCCUCACCGUCCAGGGCCCCCGCCUGCAGCCCCAAUAAAGCGUGUCCCACACA